AUGGAAUUUUUACACAGGAACGAGAAUCCCAGCCUGAAUUGGGCACAACGCUAUCGAAUCAUUAGAGGGGUAGCAUCUGGCCUUCUGUAUCUACACGAAGAGUGGGAAAAAGUUGUUCUUCACAGGGAUGUCAAGGCCAGUAAUGUCCUUGUGGAUGCCCAUUUUAACGGACGGCUCGGAGACUUUGGGCUUGCUAGAUUGUAUGAUCAUGGUGAAAAUCCUAAAACAACCCAUGUGGUUGGAACUUUUGGAUAUAUAGCACCAGAGCUUGCUAGAACCGGCAAGGCAACUACUAACACAGAUGUCUUUGCUUUCGGAGCGUUUAUGCUAGAAGUGGCUUGCGGAAAAAGGCCUCUAAAGGUACACGGAUUGACUGAUGAUAUGGUUCUGGUUCAGUGGGUUAUGGAGAAAUGGAAAGGAGGAGCAAUCCUUGAGGCAAGUGAUCCGAGAUUGGGAGGUGACUUUGUGGUGGAGGAAAUGGAGUUGGUUUUGAAGCUGGGUCUGCUUUGCUCACACUAUAAUCCGAUGGCUAGGCCUAGCAUGAGGCAAGUGAUGAGGCAUUUGGAUGGGGAUGCUAUACUGCCCGAAGUAUUUAUGAACAUCGCUGCAUUAUUUGGAGAUGAUGUUUCAAAUGGAUUUGCAAUGACAUUUCUUUCAUCAUCAUUGAGGAAUAUUUCUGCUAAUGCCCUGUCUGGUAUUGAGUCACUCCUUGACAAGGGACGUUAUGACUAAUAAGUUUGAUGGGCAAUUCCAUGUAUUUUGGCAUCAACUUUUGAUAGUCAUGUUUUUUGAUUUUAUUUGUUUAGACAUUCUAGUUUUAAUCUUGUAGAUAAUAG